GUCUCUGCACCUUUCAGAACAUAGACAGGCUUUUCAUCGAUUGCAUUCGGACUUCAAUCACAAAUCCAGUUCCAGAAAAAAACAUUCACUGGAAAGAUGGUCUACAUACUACCACCCGCAGCAAAACCUGACACACUAAAAGCAUUCAUCACUGCAAAUCUCGACAGCGAGUCACUCCAACACUUCAAACAGACAUUCGCAAAAGCAGCAUAUCUAUCUUUUGCACCUUUGCUUCAUCUGAAGAUUAUUCAAGCACCUGCCUCCAUAUCUCAGCGCCACACACACAGCUUCAUCCGCUCCUUGGAAGAUGUAGCAGGAAAUACAGACCCAUUUAUCAUAAUCGACAAAAACUUUGCCAACAAGGGAGCAGUGUGGUAUAUUGACCAAUUUGCUGAUGAAUCCGACGUCGAGUGCGGCUUCGCUGUAUCGGAAAAAGUAGUCAUGAAAGCUCUUGUGCUCGUCGAGUAUCUGGCCAUGGGACAUGUGUGUUGGAGAGAAGGUAACCCGCCGAUGGGUGAGGAUUUGGAAGCUUUGGAGCAAGAAGGUCUUCUACCAUUACGCGAAGAGUCGGUGCAGGAAGAGCCACUCGGACAAGAUGCUGAUGGAGAUUUGCUGGAGGCGUUUCGAGAGCUGCAGGUUAUUGCUGAGUCUGAAGAGUUUGAGACGACGACGGAGAAGAAGGUGCUCGAGAACAUGGGGCUUGAGGAUGGUGAAGAGACGAUCAGGUUGAGGGCUGAUGUCGCGAAGAGGGAAAAUCUCACAAGUGUGUGGACACACGGCGAGAGCGUGGAGGAAUAUGAGAUGGAAGACGGAGGUACGAAGAAUUUCCCAAAAGGCAGUGUCUGUUUGCAAGUCAGAUACGACCCUCAGGUCCCCAGACUCCAGUAUGAAUGGCCAGAAGGCUCUCUAUAACCUACAUCGAGGUAGAGAACAACUCCACAAGCAGUAAAACCCCCCCCCCCCC